AACAGGCACUGCUGUAGACACCUCUAUCUUUACUGCGGGUCCUUCUUCUGGAAGAAGAAAAAUGGCGGCGUCCAUGCUGCACAGGAGGACGACAGUGUUAUGCAGGGCAUUAAAGGGAAUUUCAUUAUCAAAAACUGUGCUUUCUGCGAACCCUCAAAGUGGUUUUCUAUUACAGACAGCGUCCUACAACCCCAAACCUUUAAAGCUGAACCUGCGUGACCCCUACAUUCCAGACAAAAACAGCGAUAAGACGCCGGACUGGCAGAAGACGGCCCGGCAUGACAAGAAACUGUUCGGUCGGUACGGCUCAGCGUCGGGCAUCGACCCUGCGUCGCUGUGGCCCAGCCAUGAGCACUUGGAUAAGAUCAUCGUGGAGGAAAAUGAGUGGCACCCCCCGUUGGAGGUAAUGCUGAAGAAUAUCGAGGCCAGAGAGAAGGAGGAAACCGAGAAACGUUUGGCAAAGGAAAAACUCAUAGCAGCAAACAUGGCCAAAAUGCCCAAGAUGAUAGCUGACUGGCGCAGAGAAAAGCGAGAAGCAAAACUCAAACUAAAGGAGGAGAAAGAAAGGAAAACAAGGUUGCUGGAAGAGGCCAAACAGCGUUUUGGCAGCAAAGUGGACCCCCGCAGCCCCAAGUUCUUGGAAAUGGUUGCUGAAAUAGAAAAGGAAGAGAGGAAGAACAAGAAGCUACUGAGACGUAAACUGAAGGAGGAGGAACGGGCGGCAGCAGCAUCCAUCACGCCUCCCGCUGCCUCCUCAUAGUCUUGGACUGAGUCAUUUCAGACAUAAAUAACAAUUUGCCCUUGUUUUAACUGUGUCUAAUGAGAUGGGAGGUGUUCACAAUGACACAGUUCAGUGGGACAGCUGUUAAAAAGUGUCUGAAUAACCGUUUAGUUCCUGUUUUGUGUUACCUGAGUGCAUCCGUAAUAACCUGGAUGAAUGAAAACUCCAUCGACGGUUU